AUGGGCAAUGGAAUGAAUAAGAUUUUGCCAAGCCUGUACAUAGGGAAUUUCCGUGACGCUAAAGAUGAGAAACAACUGACAGAAAAUAAUAUCACACACAUUGUCUCUGUCCAUGACAACGCUAAGAAAAUCCUUGAGGACAAGGAGUAUCUGUGCAUUGUGGCCAGUGAUUGUCCAGACCAAGACCUGAUCAAGUUCUUCCCACAGAUCAACAAGUUCAUACACAAAGCCAGGCUGGAAGGGGGAUCUGUGCUAGUUCACUGUUUGGCUGGUGUGUCCAGAAGUGUGACAGUAACAGCAGCAUAUAUUAUGACAGUGACGAACCUUGGCUGGCGUGACAGUCUCAACUGUAUACGAGGGGCCCGGAGUGUGGCCAACCCUAACUUUGGCUUCCAGAAACAGUUGCAGAGUUAUGAGAGUGAGCAGUUGGAGGAGGUAU